AUAUGAAAACAAGUUGUUUAUUUAUAAAAGUGAUAAAAGAUUUAUGACUUUCUUUUGUUAUUUAAAUAAAUAAAUAAACACUUGUCGUUGCCGCGAAUUGAUAAAAUAAAAAGUAAAUAAUAAAAUAUUUGACAGUGUCAUUAAAAAAAUAUUUGAAAUGUUAAUUAACCUCGGCUAGAUAAGAACAAAUUAGUACAUUAAGUGUAAAUAACUUCAUAUAUCUAUAUAAUAAGUAUUAAGUAUUUAAUAAUAAAAAUGUCAUUGAAAAUGUGAUUCACUGGCAAUGAGUCAGUUGAUUUUAAAUGAUAACGAAAUACUUUUAAAUAGUUUAUGGUCGAUGGUUUGUUUUGUUAGCGUGUGGAAUGUGAUCAUAGUUCACUAUAACCUAUAAUUUUUUUAAAUUAAAUUGUUAAUUAUUUAUUUAUUUAUGAUUCAACUGUGAAUGCGGUUUAAAUAUUUGAUACUUAAAUUUUACAAAGAUGGAAAUGUUACAAUUAGGUGACACGGUUGAUGAUGAUGAUGAUGUCUUUCAUCUGGAGGAAGAAAUAAAUAUUGUUGAAGAAGAUGGAGAAAUAAAAUUACCUAAAGGUUUGAAAUUGUUGGACUCACAAGUUGCGGGACAUUCGUAUGAUUCAAGCAAUGGAAUUAUUGGAAUGCUUAAGAGAAACGGAAGAAUUUACAAACCUGGUAUCAAAGAAGCUUUGUAUGAAAGAGAAAAAGAUUUUUAUGAAAAAAUAAAAACAUCAAGUGAUGAAAUAUAUAAAGCUUUAUCCAAAAUAACUCCCGAGUAUUUUGGUUCCGUUGAAUUCAAUGUCAACAAGAAACCUGUAAAAUUCUUAAUUUUGCAAGAUAUUACGGAAGGAAUGAUCGAGCCCUGUGUCAUGGAUAUUAAAAUCGGCAAGCGCACUUGGGAUCCCUUGGCAGGACCCGCGAAAAAAUUAAAAGAAGAGUUUAAAUAUAAGGAAUUUAAACAGAUUCACUCACUUUGUAUUCCUGGCUUUCAGUAUUAUGAUAUAACGACUGGUAAUUUCCGUAAAUUCGAUAAAAAUUACGGGAAAAAAAUAAAACCCGAUGCUAUAUUUGACGUUUUGCGCAUGUUCUGUAACAUCACACAGGAACACUUGUGCAGAAGUUUAAUUGUCCAGAUCUUAGCAUCUCUUUGGGAAGUUCUUUCAUUCUUCCGUCUGCAAACAGACUUACGUUUUUAUUCAAGUUCAAUAUUGAUAGCUUACGAUGCCAAACGUUUGAAAAAAAUAAUCGCUAAAGAAAUAGCAGAUGAUUGCAAUGGAAAAUGUUACGAAUUGCACCCGCGUGUUGGGUCACCGAUGACGUCACCGUCUCACAGCGCGUACUCCAGUGGAUUUAGUUCGCCUCGAUGUAUAUCUCCAUUGUCAUCGAGCCCUGCGUCUAAUCAAUUUUUAAAAAUAAAUGGAAAAAAUACUUUGGAGAAAUCAAACUCUGACCAUUCCAUUAAUGGAAGCAAUCGUUAUCUUAAUAUUGACAGCAACAAUGUAAAACUAUGUCGCACUCACUCAUUUGAUAAUAAUUUCGAACGUGAUAUCAUGGAAAUGAAGGAUGAUUAUGUUGAUUUGUUGGAUCAAUUAACAAAUAAACUACAUCGUGAUUGGGUGCGUGUUAAAAUGAUUGAUUUCACUCAUGUAUUUCCGACAGAAGUUCAUGAAGUUGAUGCUAAUUAUUUACAAGGCCUUGAGAAUCUUAUUAAAAUAUUUGAAUCUUUUUUGAUUUGCUCCAAUGAUGACAUGAGUCACAAUAAAAAAUAAUAAUAAUUAAAUAAAUAAAUACUUACUGAAGACUGUGUUCAUAUUGAUAAUAAUAAUGUAAUUAUUUCGCAUUUUUAAGUACAGGCUGUAUCGUAAUAAAAUCAAUCUUUUAAAUUCAAAAUU